AUGGUGCCGGUAUGGCACCCAGGGAGGUUACUUUCGUUUCUUACAAUCAUAACAGCGGUCCUUCGGCUUUCUGGCAACCCUCGAACUGGCAUGUAUCCGAUCUCAGAUCACAGCAUUUCCGGUGCCUGGAGUCCUCUGGAUCAAGUCGUCGUCGUCAACGGGAUUUACGAGAACAUCGCCGCCUUCAGCGGGAAUCCAGAUCACACCACCGCUGGGGGUUAG